AUGCCUGCUUCAGACCACGAGAGUGAGACCGAAGGCCUCCCCUACACGAACACGCACGGCCGCAUCCCCGGCAAGUCGACGUCGGGCCGCGCCGAGGAGCUCGACGACCUGCUCACGGCGGUGCGCGACCUCGUCGUGCCCUACGUCAAGGCGGCCGACGACAACGCCUCCACCAAACACACGGGCCGGCUGCCGCGCGACGCCGCCGACCGGCCGUACAACGUGCUCGUGGAGCCGCUGGCGCCGCGGGACCUCGCGCAGCGCAUGGACUUUGCCCUGCCCGCGGGCGAGGGCGCCGGCAAGACGGGCCUGCUCGCCGCCGUGCAGGACCUGCUCCGCUACAGCGUCAACACCUGGGACCAGGGCUGGAUGGACAAGCUGACGGCGAGCACGAACGCGGUGGGCGUCGUGUCGGAGCUCAUACUCGGCGUGCUCAACACAAACGUGCACGUCUACCACGUCUCGCCCGCGCUGACGGUGAUUGAAAAGGCGACGGCGCGCGCCCUCGCCGUGCGCUUCGGCCUCGACGGCCCGCACGCCGGCGGCGUCACCUGCCCCGGCGGCAGCGCCUCCAACCUCGCGUCGCUCGUCACGGCGCGCAACGCGCUCUACCCGGCCACGCGCGACGCCGGCACCGACGGCUACCGCUUCGUCGUCUUCACCAGCGCCGCCAGCCACUACUCGAUUGAAAAGGCGGCCGUCGCGUGCGGCAUGGGCGCCGCGAGCUGCAUCGCCGUGCCCACCGACCCCGCCGGCCGCAUGUGCGUCGCCGCCCUCGAGCGCCUCGUCCGAGACGCCAAGGCCCGCGGCUGCACGCCGCUCUACGUCAACGCCACCGCCGGCACCACCGUCCUCGGCGCGUUCGACCCCAUCCGCGCCAUCAAGCGCGUGUGCGUGGCCCACGGCCUCUGGCUGCACGUCGACGGCGCCUGGGGCGGCGCCGUGGCCUUUUCGCGCGCCCACCGGCACAAGCUCGACGGCGCCGAGCUGGCCGACUCGCUGACGAUCAACCCGCAAAAGAUGCUCAACGUGCCCAUGACGUGCUCGUUCCUGCUCACAAACGACGUGCGCCGCUUCCACGCCGCCAACAGCCUGCGCGCCGGCUACCUCUUCCACGACCCCGAGGGCAGCGGCAGCGACGUCUGGGACCUGGCCGACAUGACGAUGCAGUGCGGCCGCCGCGCCGACAGCCUCAAGCUGGCGCUCGCGUGGAUCUACUACGGCGCCGCUGGCUUUGAGCGCGGCGUCGACCACGCCUUUGCCAUGGCCGCGCACCUCGCGCACCUGGUGGACAAGGCGCCGGAUUUCCACCUCGUGUCGGAGAAUCCGACCCCGUGCCUGCAGAUUUGCUUUUAUUACGCCCCCGGUGGUAAGCUGGCUGAGGACCCGGCGGAGAACACGCGCAGGACCAGGGCCAUGGCGGAGAGGAUGGUGGCGAGGGGCUUCAUGUUUGACUACGCGCCCGGACCGCAGGGACACUUUUUUCGCGUCGUGGCUAAUUGUCAGACGCAGGUCGGCACCAUGGAUGGCAUCUUCAAGGGCCUGUCCGAAGUGGGCAAGGAAGUCGUUCCUCAGUAG